UUUCAAGACCGCUAGUACAGGUCUAAGUCAAGCACGCCAAUCUAAUCAACCUAGUGUUAUAAGCGAAAGGCAAAAAUUAAAGCACUUUUCCGCGUCAGUCAGCUUUGUUUAAGCAUUAUUAAUAGAGAAACGACGAGCAAAAGAAAAAGCAUGCAGCUUUAGAGUGAGAAAGCAAAUUAAAGAAAAAGAUGCCCCGUAGCCUCAAUCAUUCGUCUUAACAUUGAAAGACCCUCUUUGCUUGGACCUCCUCAAAUCUGCAAUCCCAAUAACCAUGGUGAUGAACUUGAGAAACAUUGAAAGACCAACCGUCUGCUUCUCUCUUAUCUUCUUCUUCUUUCACUCUCAACAUCUCUUCACCAUCCCAGUCACUUGCUACAAUCCUGCAGAUGAUAAGCUUGCCAUCAACUGUGGCUCCUCGGACAAUUCAAACACCACUUCAGAUAACAGAAGAUGGAUACCAGAUGACGAUUCCAAAUUAUUUUCCCUUGGCCAAGACAGCCAGACCUCAAUCGCUGCCGUUGCAGUUCCGAUUCCUCCUGAACUGGAGGAAGUUCCUUAUGCCACGGCACGCCUGUCUCCUUCUGAAUUCACCUAUUCCUUCAAGGUCACUGCUGGCCAAAAGUUUGUUCGCCUCUUCUUUUACCCAGCUCAAUAUGCCAAAUUUGAUCGUUCCAAUGCUCUCUUCUCCGUUAAAGCAGGACACCACACCCUUCUUAAGGACUUCAAUGCUUCACUGACCGCUGAUAACGAUGAUGAUGUCGAAGAAUCAACAGUGUUCAGAGAGUACUGUAUCAACGUGGAACCUGGUCACAGGCUAAACAUCACUUUCACUCCCAGCAGUGAUCAUCCAGACGCCUACGCGUUUAUCAAUGGGAUUGAGGUUGUGUCCAUGCCCGCCGAUCUUUAUUACAAAAAAGCUGAUGGCCCAGCGCUGAAGCUAGUUGACAAGAGUAAUCAGAUUCAAGUUGAUUACAACGCUGCUCUGGAGAUGGUGUACAGAAUCAAUGUUGGUGGGGAUGAGAUUACAGCUAACCAAGACACUGAUGGUAUGCUUCGCUACUGGCAUAACGAAACUGGUUAUGGCGAUGCGGUGAUGGGAACCUUGCAAAAUCUAAAUGAUGAUUAUGGUAGAAAGCUGAUAUACCCAGUUAAUCUUCUUAAAGACGCAGCACCAAAGGAAGUCUAUUUAACUGCACAGACCUCUAAAGAUACAAUGACUUGGGAGUUUAAAGUGGACUCAAUGUUUGCUUAUAUGAUCAGACUCCACUUCUGUGAGUUGGAUCAGAACGUCCAGGAGGAAGAAAGAGUCUUCCAGAUAUUCAUAGCUGACACUUUGGCUGAGUCUCAUGCCGACGUGAUUGGUUGGGGGGAAGAUAGCCGAGUUCCUGUUUAUAAGGACUAUGCUGUUUUCUUGAAGAAAGGAAACUUGAAGAGGCAGAACCUUUCAAUCAAGUUGCAGAGGCUCCGAAAAAGCAAGUACGAUGUCAUAUUGAAUGGGAUUGAAAUUUUCAAGAUCAUUGAUGGUAGAGACAAUCUUGGAGGGCCCAAUCCAAAUCCAGACCCAACUUCUUCACCAAGCAACCCAUCAAGAACCUCGAAGAAAAAUACAAAAACUCCCAUGAUGAUUGCCAUUGCGUGUGCAGCUUUAGGUGUCAUUGUACUCUCUGUCAUCAGUUUCUUAAUUUUUCGGCGAAGGACCAGAGGUUCAGAGAACAGGACAGCUAAGAAAUCAUUGGAUUUGUGCCGUAACUUUUCCAUUGCAGAGAUCAGAGCUGCCACCAACAACUUCGAUAAACUAUCAAUCAUUGGUCAUGGAGGAUUUGGUGAAGUCUAUAAAGGACAUAUUAACAUGGGCGGGACAUCAACCCCUGUCGCCAUCAAACGCCUCAAAGCAGAUUCAGAACAAGGGCACGAUGAGUUCCAGACGGAGAUCAACAUGUUGUCGCAAUUUCGCCAUCCUCACUUGGUUGAUCUCAUUGGGCAGUGCUAUGAUGGCAAGGAGAUGAUCCUGGUCUAUGAAUUCAUGGCCCGCGGGACCCUCAGAGACCAUCUUAACGAAUAUGUUAAGCAGCCGCUUUCGUGGAAGCGAAGGCUGGAGAUCUGCAUCGGAGCAGCAAAGGCGCUGCUCUAUCUUCAUAGCAACACUGGUGAGAACAAGCAAACAGUGAUCCACCGUGAUGUGAAAAGCACAAACAUUUUGCUAGGCGAGGAUUGGGUAGCUAAGGUUUCGGAUUUCGGAUUGUCCAGGAUCGGGCCAGAUGGGAUGUCCAGGUCUCAUGUUACCACAGCCGUCAAGGGCAGCAUCGGGUAUAUAGACCCAGAAUACUGCGAGAGUCAGCAGUUAACCCCGAAAUCUGAUGUUUACUCCUUCGGUGUGGUUUUGCUUGAAAUUUUGUGUGGAAGGCCACCCAUACUUCGAAGCGUGGGGAAGCAGCAGGGACACAUAGUGGAGUGGGUUAAGAAAUGCCACGAGAAGGGAGAGAUUGGGGAGGUGGUUGAUCCAUUUUUGAAGGGAAGCAUAACACCUCGGUGUCUGAAUAAGUUUGUUCAAAUAGCAUUGGCUUGUCUGUGUGAAAAUGGGAAGCACCGGCCAUCGAUGAGGGAUGUAGUGAGGGGCUUAGAGACUGUGUGGAAGAUACAAGGGAGCACGGAGGAUGAGAUCCCGAGAGAUGAUGGGCAGCCAAAGAGUGAGGACAAGACCACUCUGACCCGAUUUACAAGAGAUGAAGAAAGUGGAGUGCAACUCUCGACUUCAACAGGAUCCAUCACGACGGAUCAGUCCAGGUGCAGCAGUAAGGUAACCAUCACAAGUAGUGAAGAGGACCAAGCUUUGGUUCCUGCAGGGGUGUUCUCUGAGCUUGCCCAUCCGACGGCACGAUAACUUGAUAAGGUACUGAUGGAUUCUUCAUUCCCAUUCAUCCAACAAGUCAGUGUGUGUAUAUAUAUAUAUAUAUAGAGAGAGAGAGAGAGAGAGUAUGCUGUAAGUUGAACAGGGUAUUGACAUCCCCUGGCCUUCUGGAUUACGCGCAAGCUCAUCCUUCACCUAGCCUCUGCUAAUGGUUAUAAGUCACAGUUUCAAGAUCAA